AUGCACCUGGGCCCAACAUCCACUUGUAGAUCCAACCCACUUAAUGUGUUGCCAUGCAAUUUGAUUUCAUUUCUUCACACUCAACCGGUUACGCAUCGACAUAUUUACGACUUCCCAACAUCCAUUUUGACGAAAAUGUUUGGAGAUGCCGACCCAUUAUUCUCGCAAGACUGGACUUAUUGA